CCAAGAGAACAAUGGACAGACUCUUCACUUACAUCCUGUUCCUGUUGAGUUUGUCUGGGACUUUUAGUAAGUACAUUUACAUCAAAGAUCCGAAGACUUGGAAUGAAGCUCAGGAUUACUGUCGGGAAAGGUACACAGACUUGGCCCCUGUUAGUAAUAAACAGGACUUGAACCGACUUCAGAAGAUGAUAAACCCCCCAGACCUUGUCUGGGUAGGACUGCAAAGAAUUUCACACACAAACAAUUGGACCUGGUCAGGAGGUGGACCAAUGGAGGUUGGAUGGGCAAAUGGACAACCUGACAAUGGCAAUUCAGAUACCAAUGGCUAUAUCAAUGACAAAGGACUGAGUGAUGGAAAAGUAAAUGAUAAAUGGGCCUUCUUCUGCUACAGGGCAAUAGUGGUGAAGGAGAAAAAGACUUGGGAGGAAGCUCUGGAGUACUGCAGAAAGACCUACAGUGACCUCGCCAGUGUGGCAUCAGUGACCGAGAUGUUGCUGAUACAGAGAGAGCUGAAAAAGCAAAACACCACAGGUCCCUUCUGGAUUGGAUUGCAUUUCUUCUUUAAAGACUGGCUGUGGGUGGACGGGCAGGAGCUGCGCUACGCAUCUUGGGGUCAAGCGGUAAAACCAACAUGUCCAGAAGUCCAGAGUGCAGAGUGUGCAGCCUUACAGGCAAUGAAAUGGUUGACCAGUGACACAACCUCGGCUUCUUCUGGCACGUCUCCCUUUGAAAGUGUUUUUGACCUUGUAGCAAAUUCUUUGUGGAGAGAUACUGCAGCUCUUGCUGCAACUGUAUAUAAUAGUGGAGGUGUCUGGGGGGCUCAUAACUGUGAGGAAAAACUUAAUUUUAUUUGCUAUUGAGCAAGUUUGCAAAAUUGAUAAAAGAGUGCUGAAUAGAUUUGAAAACAUCAAAACAAUGAACACAGAAAGCAAACUCCGGUAGAUAAAAUGACAUAAGUAAAUACAAACCAGAUUAAUGUCUAUAUUUCAAAAUUAAUAAAAAGUCAGGCUGAAGAGGGAGGACUUAAGUUUAGUAUUAUUAUUAUUAGUACAAUUAUUUGCACUCAGGUCUGCUUUUUGUCCUGCAAUUUUAGACUGAAAACUGGGUUGUGCAACAGGAUCCAGGGGUUAUAAGUCCUACAUAAAUACAUACUGGAAAAAUAAAACAUAAUUAAUAACAACAUAUGUAUACUCCUAAGAUUGAAACUAUUUUCAAGCUUUUUUGGUUUGUUAUACUUUUCUUUUUUCUUUCUAUUGAUAUAAUGCUAAUCUUUUGGUUCUGGUAGAAUUGUGCUUCAUGAUGAGAUAAACUCGUAAACAGAUGAACUAUGUUGUGACAGAAUUUGGUUCUUUUACUGUAAAUAGAAAUAAUCAUGUUAAACAAAUGGAUGAGUAGGCUGCUUUUUCAGUUUUUCUUUUACUCUCACUACAAUAUCUGAAAGGCAAACCAGUGUAACUCUAGAGCAAGUAGGUGUCUUACAGUAAGUGCUCGGUUAGUGAAUCAGUUAGGCCUAUUAAAUACACGGUGUGUGAUUUUCUCAGGCAAAGGAAAGAAUCACACUACAAAUUAUGGAAGAUUUAAAAAUAAAAAUCCAGUUAAAAUAAAAUCCAAAUCAAAUACCAUCAUUAAAUUUCUUUCUCAGUUGGGGGAGGUCCCAGGAAAUUAAACUUUGAGACCAAUUUCUCUUUCUGACAUUUAGAACACAUGACAAAAUGUCCUGUUUUGUCUUUUGUAGCAUGCACUAAAAGAACAUCUAUUUUUAUUAGAUUUGAGUGAUAUGUUAAAAUUUUCCAUCCUAACUCAUGCUAGUAUCGAUUAAUUCCUUAUGUCUGUGAUACCUGUAGGAUUAUAGUUCAAACAUACAUCAAACUGUACAUGAAACUGAUGUACAUUCAAGCAGCAUUUUUAAUGUAGCACGGAACACACACCGUUGAGCAAACAGGUUGUUAAUUUAUUGCUAAACUGCAUAAAAAAUGAUUUAGGAGUGUCAUUUCACACAAGCUCGUAUGGUUGACACUGGACACAUGCUGAAGUUGGCCAACUGUGGAAUGUGUUAUUUGCAGUGGCCGCCCUGUUCAAUCACAGAAUCUCUGUGAAGUUUGCAAAGCAACACACAGAGUUUAAUCAUACUAGACUUUGAAAAAGGAAUUUUAAAAGCAACAGUGGUGCAGAGACUCCAAAUACCUAUGUGUACAAAAGCUGCUUAUCUCUGCACAAAAGUCACUGGAUUUUUACAAGAGACCACAGUUUGCUCAGAGUUUUGAGAUCUUCGCUAUUUCAUUAAAAAUGCUUUUUUGAUAUGUCAGUUUUGAUGUCAAUAGUUAGCAAUGGAUAGAUAGAAGCUACAGACAUAAUGGUACAAUAUAUGGGCUACAAAAGGUCGAGCAGGGUUUGACGCUCUAUCUUGUUGGACGCAGGCUAUGUCUGAGUCUGAGUCUGACACCUGCUGGACACUUUAUUUAACUACCUUUGUGUGCAACUAUGUGCUGUUGAUCUGUUUCACCUUACUGAGGAAUGGAUAAGUACAUUUUAUUUACUUUAAUUUUGCAUAAAGAUAAACCAUAAAAAUGAAAAUGAAAUUUACAAAAAAAAGCAGUGAAGAUGGUCCAAAACACUGUGUGUACACAGGCUGGUCGAUUUUACAAGACCACUGUUUGUGUAACAUGCAAUAUAAAUGCACCUCAAAGAAGUGCAGGGAAAUGUGGACAAUCAUGUCUUUACCAAUUAUUAAGAAAUGACUGUGGCUAAUUUUGGUAAUGACAAUAGAAUACACAGGGUCAAAUAUACCGCUUUUUGGGAACAACAAUUGGAAGAAAUUAGAAAAUAUCAGUUUGUUGCAAUAUAAGCUUUACCACAAUAGCAGCUGGAAGUGCAGGACAGCUUUUUGUGUGUGUGUGUGUGUGUGUGUGUGUGUG